AUGGGUGACUUUAUACAAUAUUCCUAUGGAGAGAAAAAUAUUACAGGACACAAUGCUAACGUUGCUAAAGAGACAUUUCAGGUGAGGAAUAUGACGGUAAUCACAGAAUUAUUGCUGUUAGGAUUUCCAAGUCUCCAGCAACAUAAGGUUCUAGCUUUCUCUCUCUUCCUUGUGAUGUACUUGGUGACAAUAUGUGGGAACCUCCUGAUCAUCUCACUGGUGGUGCACAGCAAGAUUCUCCAUUCUCCCAUGUACAUCUUCCUUACCCAGCUUUCUGUGUGUGACAUUUUGGUGGCCACAGAUAUUGUCCCCAAUCUGCUUUAUGUUGUCCUCAAUGACGGAGGCCUCAUAUCUCUUUUGGGCUGUAUCACACAGUAUUUAAUAUUUUGUUCCUCAGAAGCCUCAGAGUGUCUCCUACUGACAGUGAUGUCUUAUGACCGUUAUUUGGCCAUAUGUAAUCCGCUGCGUUACAAUGCUAUAAUGAGCCACGUGUUUUGCUUUAAAUUAGUUCUCAUUGGCUGGGUUAUAAGUUAUUCACUGCUACUAUAUCUAGCUAUGCAAAUAUAUACAUUAUCGUUCUGUGGACCACAUGUGGUUGACCAUUUUUUCUGUGAUUUUGAUCCUUUGCUGGAACUUUCCUGCUCUGAUACUUUUGUAGUUGAAAUGAAAUCUAAAUUGCUUACCAUUCCAGUAAUAAUCUUCCCUUUCUUUAUGAUUAUUAUUUCCUAUGUCUAUAUUGUGUCCACCAUCCUAAGAAUGCCAUCACUUACUGGCAGACAUAAGGCCUUCUCUACCUGCAGUUCCCACCUGGCCAUUGUCUGUAUAUAUUAUGGAGCCCUGACAAGUAUUUAUUCAGUUCCUAAAAAUGAAAAUUCGCAUAGUUUAAGCAAACUCCUGUCUCUGCUGUACACUGUGGUCACACCAUUGAUGAACCCUAUCAUCUAUAGCUUCAGAAAUAAGGACAUCCAUAAAGCAUUUGAUAGGUAUAUCAGGAAAUUUCAACUAGAUGAUCCUCAUUUGCACAAAUAA